AUGUUCGAUCAAGGUGUGUUAUUUUCGGCAUCUACAGUCAAUCUUGAGCAUAUAACUACCGCUCUGAACUGCCUCACACCUUUUGGAACGAAGGAUGACGUGCUCAUCAUCAUCGAUAGAGAUGGCCUUUCAUUCGCGAGACAGAACAACAAAGUAAUCAGCAUACAACUCUACUUGUCCGCUGAGCUUUUCGUCUCCUACAGCUAUAACCCUCCAGAUAAUGACCCCGAUGCUCACCACAAAGUGUGCGUGAAGAUUCAUCAUAUCUUAAACAGCGUAAGUGUAGCAAGCAGAGAUAAAGACGACGUCGUGGAGUGCACGUUCUCGUACAACGGAGAAGGAUCACCGUUUGUACUCAUCUUUGAAGACUCAGUUAUAACGGAAAAAGUCGAGUAUUCUACAUAUUUGGUCAAGGAAUGGGACUCGACCGGACUUGAGCUGGAGGCGGAUGCAGUGAUAAUGGAAUGCAUGUUACGAGGCGAGGUGUUCUACAAUGCACUCCAGGACAUGAAGGAAAUAGGCUGCAAAGAGUGCUAUUUGUAUGCGGUCGCUGGUUCGAACGGAAAAAACGUCCUGGCGCUAAUAUCGAGAAGUCAGCUUGGACUAUCAAAAAUACUUCUGCCGAGCGAAAAGUCGAUCUUGGAAAAACUUGAAGUGUUUGAUCCCACAACGUUUCAAAAAACUUUCGACGAGCCUGUGAUUGGCGCCUUCGAUUUUUCAACCUUGGACAAAAUCAGAUCCAGUGUCCACAUUGCGAGCAAGGUGUUACUACGGAAAGAUGUACACGGACUCAUGAGCGUCAACAUUUUAAGCCAGACUGACGAUUUCAUUUUCGGAGAUGUUAAGAAAUCGCGGCAUGCAAACAAGAACGGCGCAGUGCAAUUCUCAAAGGAGUAUCCCGGCAUUGUGAUUGACGUUGCCAUAUUGGAAAAAGCGCGUCUUGACGACGCAGACCUCAUUGAUGUCCGUCUACUGAUGGAAGCUGGCGAGCAAAGACAAAAUCCGAGCUACGGACCUCUCCAGACACACGGGCCUAGCGUUGAACGAGAUGUUACUUACACAACGCAUCAGGGCGGGUCCCUACUUUUUGGCGGCAAAGACCACUCAGCAGACACAACUCAUGGAGAUAACGAGGAAUACGUUCCUGCCACAAACGAUAUCCCGCUAUUUUUCUGA